AUGGGAGACAUCAUUAAAUUAAUUCAAGGAGGAAAUUUAGCUUUAAUCUCCUCAUGGCUUCGGCAGAAUAGAAACUGAAAUCAAAUGAAACUUGGAGAGAAUUCUGAUACUAUUUUGCAUAUUUCAGUAAAAAAUCAAAAUCAAGACUUAACUCGUUAUAUUUUAGCAUCAAGCGAUACUCCUCCGAAUACUCAAAAUUCUUAUGGUGAAACUCCUUUGCAUUUGGCAUGCUUUUAUGGAAAUUUAGAUAUCUUUAGAGCUUUGCUGGAAUACGGAGCAAAUCCUGAAAUAAAAGAAAACAGAGAAGGGGCUUAUCCAAUACAUAGAACUGUUGAAGGAGAACAUGAAAAUAUUCUGGACGAAUUUAUUCGCCAUGGAUUUUCUCUGAAGCUGCUAACUCCUCCUCUCCCUUUAAAUUAAAACAAAAAAUCUUGUUCCAAUUUUGAGGCAUUAAUUUUUAAAUUCUAUCUUAAAUUUUUCUCUAUAAAAAACCUUUUUAAAAAUAAAACAAAAAUAAUUUGAAUGCAAUAUUUUGAGUAAUAAUAAUAAAACGGCGAUGCACGGAAAUGAUUUAUUCCAUAAACCUUUCCUCCUUCGUGAAUUUUAUUAUUGAACGAUUCGGUUUAUCAGAUGCAUUUUUAUCCACAAUGCUAAAUAUGGCUUAUCGCAUAGGGUAAGGCGGUUUAGUCCAAGAAUUCUGGAAAGUAUAGAAGUUCACCGCUUGGUACACCUGAGGAGGGUGACCCUUAGGCGGAACACGAUCAGGAGUAAAGUUAUGAGUGAAGGCUAUACACCUCCUGGUGGUUUCUGGCCAACUCGGUGGAGCUGUUGUUUUGGAUUGUCCUCACCAUUUUUGGUGACGUCGAAAUCAUUUUGCGCACUGGAUAUCCUGCAGAUUUUCAGGUUUUAGCUAAAGGGAUGUUCUACACAAGCCUAAAUCAUCCUGAAGAAGAGACUGGCAUGCUAAAUACUGAGUAUAAUGUAAUAUAAUGAACGCAAUAUUUUGAAUUUUAAAUAAAUUUUGAAAAAUUAAUAAAAAUAUUCAGAAUGGAUCUUUUAAAUAACACUUUUCCAUUAAUUAGUAUUUUCCCACCUAUAAAAUUUUCAUUUGAAAAAAAUUGUUCCAAUUUAAAGGGAAUAAAGACCCAAAAAAUUUGAAAUUUUGCCGAUAUUUUGUUCAAUUUAAAGGGGAGAGGGAGUAAAUAAUGAGCGUGAAAGCCCUUUGCACUUGGCUGUAGACUUAGGACUAGAAAAUUUUGUUAAAAAACUGAUUUUGAAUGGCAGCGACAUUGAAGUGGAAGAUUCAAAUGGGGAUCGAGCAGUUCACAAAGCCUGCCGUGCAAAUCAUCCAAAAAUUUUAGAACUCUUAAUAGCUAAUGGCGCUAUAAUUGAUCCAAGAAACCACCGAGAUGAAACUCCUUUGACAAUCGCAAUAAGACAUAUAAGAAUAGAAUCAAUACAAAAAAUAAUCGAAGCUGGAGCAAGGGUUCGUGACAUUGAUUUAAGACUUGCAAGAGAAGUCGGAAGGCCAAGUUUUUGGCAAUUUAUUAGCAAAAUUUAUAAGGAGCAAACCCACCAUUCACCAAAUAUUCAAGCUGAAGAAGAAAAGUCUCCAGAAGAUCCAAAGCCAGUAAAAAAGUCAAAUUCUGUCGGAGAAGUCGAGACUCUUGAUACAAUUUCCUCGCUGAAAAAAAGAAUAAGUGAGCUGGAAACAAAAAUUGCUUCGUUGACAAGCAAUAAGAAAAUUGAAGGUAUCAUUGAUAGCAGCGAAAUAAAAGUUUUGGAAGUUAUAGGAAGAGGGCAGUAUGGAGAAGUAAGCAAAGGGAUUUGAAGAAGUACAGAAAUUGCGUUAAAGAAAUUUAGUUUGGCUGAUACUGCUGAAUUUCUGACUGAAUUAGAAGUUUUGAAAAAUAUACGACAUCCUAAUAUAGUCCUCUUUAUGGGAGCUUGCAUGAAUCCUCCUAUUAUAAUGACUGAAUAUAUCUCCCAAGGCUCAUUGUCCCAUUUAUUGCAUGAAACCCACGAGCCUCUCUCCUUAUCUCAGCUUGUAGGGAUGGCAGUUGAUAUUGCUAGAGGAUUAUUAUUUUUACAUACUUGCAAGCCUCCUAUUGUACAUAGAGACUUAAAGCCAGGCAACUGUCUUGUAGAUUCCCAUUGUAGAGUAAAGAUUUGUGAUUUUGGCCUGGCAAGGGUAAAAGAAAAUACUAUAAGAGACUCAGGUGCCUAUGGAACCUAUCCUUACGUUGCUCCAGAAAUUAUCACUGAACACAAAUAUUCCCUUAAAAAGUGAAAUUAGAAAUAAAAAAGGCCUUCAGGCUUGGGGGAGCCUUGCCGAAUAGGGAAGUCCUGUUUCUCCUUCGAAAUGGGCUAGACAGUUUUUGCCUCUCAAAAAGUCUUCAUCUAUUGGGACUAUCAGGGCCCUAUCGUGAGUGGCUCUAACCUAGGAAGCUGAUCAUUAGAUUGCUUCCCAGAAAAUUCAAGGGGGGAUUUUGGCUAAGUCUUACACCAUUUGCACUCUGUUGCAUACAUACCCAGCGUAGGCCACCUUUCUUGGAGUUAAGGUAGUUGGUUCCCACUUAUUGCUGCAUAAUUUAUUCUUUUCUUUAAAAAGUGACAUUUUCGCCUUCGGAAUGCUUUUAUGGGAAUUGUUAAAUAGAAGACGUCCUUUUAAUGACCUACAACCUAUACAGAUUAUGUAUCAAAUUGCGCACCUGGUAAAUUAUAUUUAGAAUAAGCGGCCUGAAAUGAGUCAGAACACCCAGCUAACUGGGCUUAUAGAAAAAUGCUGGGAUCAAGAUCCCAUCAAUCGGCCUACAAUCCAAGAAAUUUUACAAGAAAUCCAAGAGUUUUAUUGUAUAAUAAGAUAA